AUGAAGAGAUUAACGAUACUUCUUUAUCUUUUGAGUUGUUCUGCCGGAUCGGUCAUUCAAGAUCUUUGGUCUUUAUUCGGACCCGAUGAAAAAAAUAGGAUCACUUCUUAUGGACUCAUUGAGAAUGAUUCUGAUCUAGUUCAUGGCCUAUUAGAAGUAGAAGGUGCUCUGGUGGGAUCUUCACGGACAGAAAAAGAUUGCAGUCAGUUUGAUAAUGAUCGAGUGACAUUGCUUCUUCGGCCUGAACCGAGGAGUCCCUUAGAUAUGAUGCAAAAGGGCUCUUGGUCUAUCCUUGAUCAGAGAUUUCUCUAUGAAAUGGAGUUUGAAGAAGGGGAGGGAGAAGGAGCCCUUGACCCACAGGAGGAUUUAUUCAAUCACAUAGUUUGGGUUCCUAGAAUAUGGAGCCUUUGGGGCUUUCUAUUAAUUGUAUCGAAAGGCCCAAUGAAUUGGGAUUUCCCUAUUGGUCCAGGUCAUUUCGGGACAAGCGGAUCAUAA